AUGAUUAAAUUUUAUAUGAGUACUAUAUCAAAGCUAAGACCAAAAAGAAAUCUAAUUACAAUAAGUGAUAAAGCAGCCGAGAGACUGACAGAACUUAUGAAGUUAUAGAAUAAUCCAGCUAUUGAUGCAGUCAAAAUAGGGGUAAGAAAACGUGGUUGCAACGGAUUAACUUACACAAUGAACUAUUGUUCUGAACCAGAGAAAUUAGAUGAGGUGGUUGAAUCCAAAGGUGUGAAAGUCGUCGUUGAUUCUAAGGCUGUAAUGGUGCUUGUAGGAACUGAAAUGGAUUAUGUAGAGGAUGACAUUAAAAGUGAAUUUGUAUUUAAGAAUCCAAAUCAAAAAGGGUAAUGUGGUUGUGGAGAGAGUUUUCAUAUUUGA